AAAAGGGUGUCCCACGUAACUCGGAACCCACCUGCUAGCAUGCGACGGCAAUGGCUUGCGUUGUGACUAAUCCAUGUCCCGGUAGUUCGCUCUCUGCUACUACUGCUGCUGCACGCGGUUUCACAUUAAGUGGGACAGUCGUAUACAAAGCAAAUAAAGAUCUCAUUCGGAAUAUUCUAGAUAACCUAAAAAAGCUGUUUUAAAGGAUCUGAGCGUAGAUGCAAGAUGUUAAGUUCUUGCCCGAGGUCCUCAUUCAAAACGAUAUCUCAUACGUAUGUAAUUCCUCCAUUAUAAGGACAAUGACUAAACAGUGACUGAUUUUAUGUGGAAAAAAAGACCGACGAUUAUCAGCUGAGAUUAUCACUUGCUUAAGUUUUGACAAGGGUCAACUACAAUGAGACGUUUACUUGUGCACAGCGUUCUCACACUUCUGGUAUCAGUACACCUGGUGAGGAGCGGUGACUGUCCAACAUACUGCAAGUGUGAUACAACAGGGACAUCGGGAAUCCACGCAAAAUGUAGUGCCUUUGAUGAUACACAACAGUUUGGCUUGGAAAUUGCUUAUCUGGACCUCUCCAAUAUUCCCAAAUCAUCAGGAUUAAAACUUACAGAUCGAAUCUUUUCUAAUGUAGGUCUCAAGCGCAUUUCAUCGAUUACGUUAGCAAAUAGCGCUUUGAAGGAGAUACAUGUAAAUGCAUUUCAUGGCCUCCAUAACCUGAAUCAGCUGAAUCUCAGUAGAAAUCAUCUUGGGCUGCUUGAACCUGACAUGUUUGCAAACAACACGCACCUAGAGAAACUCUCUCUGAGUCAAAACUCACUUCAGAACAUGCAAGUUAAAAAUUCUCCAUACAGUGAGUAUUUUCUUAAUAUUCCAUCACUUCAAGAUUUGGACCUGUCUGGAUGUAGUUUGUCUCACCUGCUUCCAACAAUGUUUAAGAAGCUAACAACAGUAACAUACGUCAAUCUGGCAUCAAACAACAUCUCGGAUAUACCAAAAGAAACAUUUGCUCCUUUACUUGACUUGGGUGAUCUGGACCUUUCAGAUAACAAAGUGAGUCAACUGAGCUCAGAUAUGUUUGAAAAUAACUCAGAAAUAAACUCACUGACCAUGAGAAACAAUCCUCUGUCAUCACUCAGAAGCGUUCAAAUAGAAAGUCUUCAGAUAUUGGAUCUUAGUCUGUGUAAAUUCACUACUAUUGACAUGGAUACCUUUGUCGGAUUCCCAAAUAUGAGAGACUUAAAUCUUAGCGCUAAUGCUAUAACAUCAAUAAAUUCAAAUGCCUUCAAGAAAAUGACAAAACUGCAAAACUUGGACCUAUCAAAUAAUAAAUUGAUUGGUCCACUUUCUGAUGAUAUCUUCGUCAAAAAUGUCCAAUUAGAAACACUGAAACUUGCAAAUAAUCCUCAAAUGAAAAGGUUUCCUGAAACAGGUUUCAAAGAGGAGUUCAGUGAAAUUUACUUCCUGGAUGCGUCGAGAUGCGGACUGACACAUUUGGAAGAAGACAAUUUGAAGAGGUUGGACCACCUAAGACGUCUGUACCUAAGCGGAAACGAAAUUCAGUACAUCAAACCUGGUGUUCUGAGCCCUAAAAUAAUUUUUCUAGAUUUAUCAGGAAACAAAAUUGCUCAUCUUGAUCAAGUCAGUUUUCCUUCUGGAUCAUCGUUAAGAACACUUUAUCUUUCUGGGAAUCCAAUAAAGAAGAUUUCGCCAGCUAACUUUGUCAACACCGCUAGACUGAAGAGCCUCCACCUGAACUCAUGUGAGCUUAAACAACUGUGGGACACAACUGAAACAGCACUUAGGCCUCUCAAAUUUCUCAGUUACCUCAACAUUGCUAAUAAUAAAAUCAAGAGUUUAUCUCCAAAAGAUUUAAAUUAUAUUGAACAUGUGCAGACUCUUGUACUGAGUGGCAACCCACUGACAUGCAAUGAUGAUAUGAAGAAGCUCGUCACACUGCUGACUGAAAGAGAGGUGGCAUCUUCAGAUGCCACACAAAUGAAACAGUUUGAAGAAAUGAAGAUUACAGGUGCUGUGGAUUUAGUAUCUAUGAAAUACGAGUUGGGAUGGGAAAAAUUUAUGAACUACAUCUGUCAAGAAAAGCAGAGACUAAUUGAUAUAACCAAACCAGAUUACUCCGGUGACAAAGUCGUGGAUCCCAAAUCUAUUUCAGAUGAAUCCGAAGAUAAAAUAAUUCUUGAACCACCGUCGGACCAUACUGAAAUGGUAUUUGACAUUGAAGAAAUAGCCUUUAUCUCCACAGGUAUACCAGAGCAUGCGUUGAAUUAUUUUCCAGAGGACAUUCACAAGGAUCCUGUGACACACACAAAGAUAAACUACACGUGGCCCAUCAUAAUAGUAAUUUUAUCAGCAUUUUCAAUCAUUUUGGCACUUCUCAUUUUCGUAGCACUCUUUCUUCGGUGGAGUAGGCAGAAGAAUAGUUACAGGAAUAGGAAUGCAAGAAGGCUUAGUAUAUGUCGUACAGCGCUGUACCAGCAGCUGUAUGAGGAUCCUAAUACCCCCACUACACCAGUGAUGAUGACCAAAGAUCCAGAACAUGCCAGUGAACAGCGAAUAUAUACUUCCCCUAACGACGACACCAAUAAAACUACCACUGAUACUGCACAGCCAAUUAGCAAGGUUUCAUACCUCAGCAGUCCUUUUCAUCACUCUAACAUUGUUCCUGAAUCUGUAUGA